CGUAGAGCAGGACGGACGUCGGUACGCAGAGCUUGUCGCAAAGUUUUCAAUUGGAUUUUCUGAUCUCGCCGCGCGGGCCCAAUCCGUUUCCGGAACCGAGUGUUGAUUGGAAGCCGUGUCCGAUCAUGAAGCAGAGCCGCAUCCGAGCGCGCGAGGUGAUCCCUUAAUCAGAUUUUCGCGGAGGAAGUUCUAGCGUCGCAGCGGCCAGGCCGUGGAGGAGGCGACGAGGGCUGCGAUUUUACUCGUCCUUUUCCCGUAUCCCGUAUCACGACGAGAUAGACGUGGGGGUGUGUGUGAGUUGGCUGGCGGAGUGUUGUCACGCGUAAAAGUGACAUUUGGGUGCGACUGUGUACUGUACGGCGAGCGAUUGUGCAGUUGUGUUGGCCGGCGGCGGCCGUGUGUUUGGUGCAUUCGAUUUUUGAUGAGGCCUGAGUGAGAGAGUGUUAGUGAGUGUUUUUUAUUUUCUUUCGGGUAAGAUGGCGGCAAACCGAACUCGCACACAACAAUCCAAGACGAGCAACUCGAUUCUGUCAAAACUGCAAGGGGCCUUGAUCGAUGCGUGCACGCCACAGAAAAUGUCCACCGACAAGAAAACGCUCGAGAAGACGUGGAAGCUGAUGGACAAGGUGGUGAAGCUGUGCCAGCAGCCCAAGAUGAACCUCAAGAACAGUCCACCAUUCAUCCUGGACAUCCUGCCCGACACGUACCAGCGGCUCAGGCUCAUCUACUCCAAGUACGAGGACCAGAUGGGCGCCCUGCACGCCAACGAGCACUUCAAUGUUUUCAUCAACAAUUUGAUUCGCAAAUGUAAACAGGCCAUCAAGCUCUUCAAGGAGGGCAAGGAGCGGAUGUUCGACGAGAACUCGCACUAUCGCCGCAAUUUGACUAAGCUCAGCCUGGUGUUCUCGCACAUGCUGAGCGAGCUGAAGGCGAUAUUCCCGAACGGCGUGUUCGCAGGCGACCAGUUUCGCAUUACCAAGGCGGACGCCGCUGACUUCUGGAAGUCCAACUUUGGAAAUAGCACACUAGUCCCAUGGAAAGUAUUUAGACACGAAUUAAACAAAGUUCAUCCUAUAUCAUCCGGUCUGGAAGCGAUGGCAUUAAAGACAACAAUAGAUUUAACGUGCAAUGAUUAUAUAUCGAAUUUUGAAUUCGAUGUUUUCACAAGGCUGUUUCAACCGUGGUCAACACUAUUGAAAAAUUGGCAAGUUCUAGCUGUAACACAUCCAGGCUACGUAGCAUUUUUAACAUAUGACGAAGUUAAAGCGAGACUUCAACGAUACAUUCAAAAAUCGGGUAGUUAUGUAUUUAGGCUUUCAUGUACUAGACUAGGACAGUGGGCGAUCGGAUACGUUACGGCUGAUGGAGAGAUACUGCAGACUAUUCCACAGAACAAAUCAUUAUGUCAAGCUUUAUUGGAUGGUCACAGGGAGGGUUUCUAUUUGUAUCCCGACGGGCAACCAUACAACCCAGACUUAUCGAAGGCAGUACAAAGUCCUACGGAAGAUCAUAUUACCGUCACACAGGAACAAUAUGAACUCUAUUGUGAAAUGGGGAGUACGUUCCAGCUAUGUAAAAUAUGUGCCGAAAACGAUAAAGAUAUUAGAAUUGAACCCUGCGGCCAUUUACUGUGUACACCUUGUUUAACAGCGUGGCAAGUAGACUCGGAUGGACAGGGAUGUCCGUUCUGCCGAGCGGAAAUUAAAGGGACUGAACAAAUAGUCGUGGACGCCUUUGACCCAAAGAAGCAACAUAAUCGCAAUUCAACAAAUGGACGACAGCAAAAUGUGGAUGACGACGAUACUGAGGACCUCGGCGAUUUCAACAUAGCAACAUCAUCGUUACACGCCUUAAGCAGCAGUAUGGCUGCUUCUCGAACUGAUAAGCCUAGUCCACACUCUUCACCACGUCCUUCACGCCGAUGUACCACGCCAAAUAUAGCAGCCGUGCAAAAUGACCUCUACUCAGUGAAUCAAAAUACGAUGCAGUCGACGAUACCAUCAAUAGCUGCAGCUUCAUCUGGACAUUCUCAACAAAUUCAACAGGCGGCGCUUCCCAAUCACCUAGUUCAACCGAUACACCCAACUGCGCCACCUCUUAGCCCAGCAACUUCAAAUCUGAGUUCUAGCUCGGCAAAAGCGGGAGCUUCGAAGGCGUCUAAUCUGAAUAGGAUGAGUGCCCCGAUGAUGGGUGCUGUUACGUCCAGCAGUUCUGGGCAAGUUGGGAAUAAAGUUCUUAAUAAAGCGUUGUCCGCUGAAAGCAACGAUGCUAUUAAUCAUCACUGUACCGACUUGCUAACGGGCCCGCCUAUAGCGUCCACAGUCGCGAUUGCACCACCAUUGCCACCAAGAAAGACUUCUCCAGGUGUAGAGAGUUCUGUGAAUCGUUCCCUGAAACCACAAAAUAAUGUUUCGGCAGCAUCGAGUCUCUCCGACCUAUCCGAAAACUCAACGUGCCAAACAGUUAAUCAAUGCCGUAGUACUGAAAAUAUCGCGACAACUUAUGAAUUAGAUGUUCCAAGAACGACAGCUCCUCCAAUACCACGUCACCAGCAAGCUCGCAAUAUUGAUACGAUCGCUAACGAACUUCGAAAUCAACGAAUUGCCGUUAUCGAGGACGAUGUAGAUAAAGUCAUUGUCGGUCCGGCAGAAACGAUAACUGGAAUCAUCGAUACAAGACCACUAGAGGCCCGAAAACCGAUAAUCAUUUCCGUGGUAAAUAGCAACGAAAAGGAGACCACAUCCGUGAACAACUCAAACAACUUAUAUCAUUUGAAAACGGCAUCAACGCCCAACAACAAUCUAAAUCACCAUGUUCGUCAUCAAUCGUACCCGAACACAUCAACUGUGCACCAACAGCAACAGCAGCCCGCGCAGCAAACUCAACUUCAUAAUCAGCAAUGCAACACUACCUCCUCGGCAAAAUCGAUAGGAACGCCGCAUCCAGCAAGUGAUAAUCAGCAUCCAACUCCUGCAUUAACCCCUCGUUCCAAUACGCCCAACCCCCAGCAUCACAGCAAUCAACACCAUCACCACCAGCCACAACAAGUUCACCAAAGCAGUCACCACUCUCAUCAUCAACAUCGUUCACAGCAACCACCCUCUCAACAACAGCAAUCGCAACCCCAGCAGCAAUCACGCCAACAACCCUUACUCUACGAAAACCUGACAAUCAACACAAAAGACUGCAAUGUGCCCUACGAGAAUAUCAACCUGGAAUACAUUGCGCGCCUGAUGAACGAGGGCUACUCAAAGGAGAACGCCAUCACCGCGCUGGGCAUUUCACGGAACAAUAUCGAGAUGGCCUGCGACAUCCUCCAUGAGUUUGUGUCGAAGAGCAGCGUCUAACUCGCUAGCCCAGCUGCAAAUUCAGAUCAUGAAUUGAUGCGGUCACACAAACCAUGAAUUAGUCCUGACAAUUUGCUUAAAUGACGAUGUUUUUAGAGUUCUAGUUUAAUAAUGUUGACCAGCUUGAGACUGAUUCAAAAAAACUGACCCUGGCGCUACUCAGCACGAGUCAUUUCUUCCUUACAUUGCUUGGGAAUCAUGGUUGAGAGUUGUUACAGAUACUUUUAGUUGGAUUUAUCCGCAUCAAUCUGUAGAUAUUCAGGACCUUGUUAGAGGCAUCUCACAGAGGCCAAUAUCCUGGCACAAUUUCUUCCCUUCAGUUUUAGGUGGAAUUGAGAGAAUUUUUUAAACUUUUCAGCAAUUAGAUGUAAACAGUCGCUAACGUUAAGAUUCUACUUUUACUUUACUAUCUAGAUAUUGUAUUUAUUGUGAACUAGGAAACUUCGAUUGAGCAUGUCAUGGUCAUGUACAAAGAAGUGAAUGAAUAACUUGAAUGAAAACCUGGCCAAAACGUUUUGUUUUUCCUCCACUGUCUUAUUUUCUAAGAAAUAUUUAUGAACCGCAAUAGUCUGUUAUGAGUAUGAUAAGAAAAAGGGCAACAGGUUACUUAUGAUUUUGAAAAUUAGAGACCUUUUUGUACACAUCAUUGAUACGCUAAGUCGGUCUUUUUGUUAAGUUCAGCAACCCAAAAGCUGUAUCUAGUUCGGGGCAAUUUACACAAGUAAAAUGCAAUACGAUGUUAGACAAUUAAGUAAUGAGACUGAUUCCAUAAAAAUCGUAUAUUUAAAAAUUAUUCAACAACUCUGCCAUCCCCUUCAAAGUAGUCCUCUUGGGCAGCUAUACAGCGAUUCCAGCGCGUUUUCCACUCUUCGUAACAUUUCUGGAACGCUUCGACUAGGAUGCCCGCGAGUUCCUUCGUAAGAGCCGCUAGAAGUCCGCAAUUGACUCAAAAUGGGUUCCUUUGACCACCGAUUUUGUUCUAGGGAACUAAAAAAGUCAGUGUGACAUAUUAUCAAGCAGCGUGGGAUCGUUUUCCACUUGUUCUAAACAGUCUUCUGCGACGGUCAUUCGAUGCUGCUUUUGCUUCUCAGAAAGGUUCUUUGGAACCAUCUUGGCGCACAACUUUUUCAUCCCGAAAUCGUCUGUUAAAAUUCGUCUAACUAUUUUGCGGUUCAUACCCAGUUCCGAGGCCAAUAUUCGAACUACUAAACGUUGAUCUUCACCGAUUAGGGCGCGCACAUGCUGCGCAUUCGCGUCAGUCCGCACCUCGACUGUUCUCCCGCUCCACGCCUCGUCUUCUACGCUUUCACGCCCCUCCUUAAACUCUUUAUGCCAGCGAAACAUCUGGGCACGACUAAGAGCUUUAUCACCAUGCGAUUUUACAAUUUUAGCGUACAUUUCCGAAGCUGUUUCGCCCAAUCUGGCGCAAAAUUUUAUCACGACGCGUUGCUCGUUUCUCCAUUUUCGUGACGAGCACCACCAACACACGUCUACUAAACACGACCCAACAGGCAAACUAAACUGCCGGGGAAGGGGGAGGGAAUUUGAAGUUUGCCGGUUUACCACAAGCUCGCCAAUAAAAUCGGUCUCAUUACUUAAUUGGCUAACCUCGUACAAGUAUCAGCUUUCUCUCAAUUUAAAACGAACGUUCUAUUGUAAGGCAAUAUGCAAGACUUGCCCUUUUCGCCAAAUGACUCCCCUCAAACCCAAUGCCAACUGGCUACUAGGUGAGAAGCCAGCUUACACCAGUCUCUGCAGAAAUUAAAUAAAAAAAUCACAUCACUUAGCCGUGAGACAGUGGAUUUUUUUGGAGAAUAUUGAAAACUGUCUUGGAGGGUAAGAAAUUCACACGAAAUGGAUAACUUUUGCCUACUGUACAUAUGUUUGCCAUGAACCCUUAUGUGGGGCGUAGAAUAUCAACUACACCGUCGAGCGAUUGCUGUUGGUUCCUGACAAUGCGCUUCAGCUCCUCUGCAACUUUUCGGGAAAUUUGUACUCUUCCUUCACUGCUCUGUGUCUCUUAAUUCUAAGCUGGCUCACUUGUUGGCCAUCCUGGGCUAGUGAGUUCGUUAUAUUGUAUGACAUAAUCCGUAACGAAAUUGACUCUUUUUUUCUUAAUGCGUGGCCUGUCAACCGUCGUCUUUCCUUCCUGAUCAACAUGUCCACGGGUACCUGGGCCGUACCCCGAUGAAGUUUUUCAUCAGUUAUUGCCUUAGAUUAGAAAACCCCGAUAACACAACACAAAUUAAAACCUAUAGUUCUGAGUAACAGUGCUGGUCACUUUUCUAAUACUACUCCCACAUAGCAAAUAAGAAAAUCACUGGCAUGAAACAGCUUCAACUUAAUAUUGGUGUUGAGAUAGCUACAUUUUCAGAUUCCAAGCAUCCGGCGACAUCAAUUUCGGUACCGUCACAGGCAGAAACAAUGUUUCCUGAGAAUACAAACUGUUCAACAUCCUCGUAUUUUGACCAUGGUAGGUAGGUAGGUAUCAGUGGCCGCUUCGAGGAGCCCAAUUAGCGCUUUGGUGCGCCAUUUUGAUGCCACAAACUCCUAAGAUCGUAACUGUUGUUAUGGAGACAGGAAGGCAGAGUCCAGCCGGCUCGGAUCUUCAGAGCCAACCCGUAGUAUUCUCGAAGGAAAGCAGCUCUCCAACCCUGCAGCUAGAAAUCUCUCUGAGGUCCUCAAAGGAUGGUUUACCCAGUGUCCGUAGCCUGACUCUAGCCAGAGCUGGGCAAUCGCAGAGAAAGUGUAUGAUGGUUUCCCUUCCUUCUCCGCAGCUUCGGCAACGCGCGCUGUAGGGGGCCCUAGGUGAAAGAGGCAAGUAUUUAUGAUGCAUAAUUGCCUCUUUCAUUCAUCAUUCACCGCAUUCACCACGUUUGGCAUGGAUUUCAGCAAUGUAGCCGUUUCGCACCAUGACCCUGUGCACUUGUGGUCAGAUACCGACAACUUAUUUUCAAGUUCUCUAUCAGACAUGCAGACAUUGACCGAACAAUAUUUCCGAAUGCAUUGUUGCCAUAAACCUCUGGGGCCAUAGGGCGCAAGCACUCACACACGUCAUGGCUGGCGAUUCCUGGCAAUGUGCUUCAACUCUUCCUAUAAUUUUCCAAGGAGCUUGCACGAUUCCUCAAUGUUCAUCGCUAAGUAAUUCCAAAGACCCACUCAUCGGCCACCUUGAAAUAGUGGAUUCUUUUGCAUGGCAAACCCUCAAUGGAGUUUUCAAUCUUUCUCAAUUUAUGACCAAUCCACUGCCACUUUCUCUUCCUAAUCUACACAUCCUUGAGUAUCUGACCGGUAAGCCGACAAAUUUAUCGAUUUGUUAUCAUCUCAGGUCGGAAUACCCUGAUGACACGACACAGAGAUGAAUUGACGAAAUCUUGGAGCUUUCGAAUAACCGCCACUGGUCAGUUUUCAUGUACUAUUCCCAUUCAGUAGCAUAGAAUGGGCGGAGCAGCUUCAAUUGAUGUUGAUCUUUAGAUAGUUGAAUUUCAGCAAUCACUGUUUUUCAAGGAGAUGCCACGCCCUCCACGACAUUUGAAUCAAAAAUAAACAAGGCAAAGCUUGAAAUCGUCAUUCAGUUUCUCUUUUGCAAAGAGAUCCAAUACAAAAGCAGACCUUAUCCAAAAAGUAACCAUUCCAAAACUAUCAAUAAUGUUGCCUUUAUGAAACCCAAGCCCACUCAAUUCUAUUCCGGUGACUUGGCUGGCAGACAGAAUAGGCUAAAUAAGCCCACAUCCACUUGAUCUUAGACCGGACCAAAUGAAGAGCAACGUACUCUCACGUUUUUUGGUCCAUGGACCCCCUCGUGUUGGAUAUAGCACCCAAACAUUCAAAGAUAGAGACUAACGAUCUCGUCCAGGGCAGAGGCUCUGCCUCACCUCUGCCCUGGGAGCAUGGAUAUAAUUCGCUCCCUCGUCAUGUUUUUACCAAUCUGUAAAGGACUCCUGGAGAAAGUGAUUCGCGAUGCCGAUAUAAAUACGAAAGACACUAUCCUCUUCAAUUCCACCCAACGACUGGCCUACGCUGACGAUAUUGACAUCAUGGGACACAGGAUCAAAGCUCUUACUGUACAAGACUAUGAUCUUGCCAGUCCUCAUGUAUUCCUCGGAAACUUGGGUUC